UUCAGCUGAUUGUCAUCGGGAUUCCAAAGAUUAGUUAGUGGUCGUUGUUCUUUUUUCGUGUUAAUUUGCAAUGAAUUUAGAAUUGGAAGAUUUUGAAGACACAAUUGAAGAUGACGACGAUGCAAAUGUGCAAUUAACUUCUGCUGAGUUAAUCGAAAUGAUGGAGGAAGUGUGGGUUAAUGAGAAAUUCGCCCCUGAGAUCCUCCCCCACAAACAAGAAGUUGUAGACUGCGUGCUGGGCCAAAUAUCAUACAUGGAAAAAAAUCUAGAGACUUUACCAUCCAUCGAUUUCAAAAAAGGAAUUCAUCAAUUGGAAGUCGAUAGGAUUCGUUUCUUGGUAGCGAGUUACCUUCGUGUCAGAUUAGAAAAAAUCGAAACUUAUGUUUUGCAUAUUUUAAAAGAAGAGGAACGAAGGGGCGAAAGAGAGGAUGAGCUGUAUUUAACAGAAGCCGAGCAACAAUUUGCGAUUAGAUACAAACAAGCUUUACAACAGCAUUUCGAAACUGCAACUAAUUUUUACCAGGGUUUGCCAUUUGAAGAUUGGAAAAGUUCCUUAGUUGUGCCAAAUAUGGACAGUUUUGUGUUUUUGAGAGCUAAAAAUGCCGUAGAAGGCGUUGUUAUAGAUUCAAACCGUGACAAUGAUGAAGUUGUUGAUUUAGCUGUAGGUUCACAGAUGAUACUAUCAUAUAACAGCGUGGCUGAUUUGGUAAAAAAAGGAGAUGUCCAAUUGAUAUAAAAUAUAAUAUGUACUAUAUUUCGUAAAAUCAACAAAACAACUCAAAAUAAAUACAGUUAGAAAAUUAAUAUAUUACGUAAUAUUGUUUAAGUAGUUUAAAGCGUUUCAAUUAUUUUUUAAACAUUUAAAAUUGUUUACGUAGUUUAAAGCGUUUCAAUUUUUGUUAAACAUUAAAAAAAAUAAAUCUCAUUUUUCUGUA